CUGAAUUACCCCGCUAUGUUAUAUGCUAGUCGAUGUUAUACUUAUUCCGCAACCGUGAUUAGAAUAAAGCGGAGUAAUCACCAAAUGAAGGAACGGAGUAAUUUUUCUUUUGAUUUCUCACAUAUACACCUAAAUGAUUGAAGUGGGAUAGCCACUACUGGCUAUGUAACUACUGAACGCAUAAUUAUAAGUCAAAUGGUUUACGUAACCCUGCCCAUCAACGCACGUGACUUGUUGGAACCCGGAAAAUAGUUUGUUGAGAUGUAGGUUCAGUCAUUCAGUAGCAGCAAUGGAACUGUAUGUGUGGAGGAUUGUCGGGGUGUUAGUAUUCACGGUGUGCCUCGGGUUUGCGCGUGAAGUGAAACGUUACACCCCGGAUUGGGAGAGCCUGGAUUCAAGACCCUUACCUGCUUGGUUUGAUGAGGCUAAGUUCGGAGUGUUUUUGCACUGGGGUGUAUUUUCUGUGCCUUCCUUUGGAAGUGAAUGGUUUUGGUGGCACUGGCAAGGGGAAAAGCAACAUGCCUAUGUUGACUUCAUGAACCGUAACUACCCUCCAGGCUUCACUUAUGCUGACUUUGCGCCGCAGUUCACUGCUGAAUUUUUUGACCCUGACAGCUGGGCAGACCUCUUCCAAGCAGCUGGAGCAAAGUAUGUUGUCCUGACAACUAAACAUCAUGAAGGAUUUACAAACUGGGGUUCCAAUGUGUCCUGGAACUGGAACUCCAUGGAUACAGGACCCCAUCGUGACUUAGUGGGGGACCUGGGAGCUGCAAUACGUAAGAGAAAUCUUUAUUAUGGAGUUUAUCAUUCCAUGCUGGAAUGGUUUAACCCAUUAUAUGUUCAAGACAAGAGCAGUGGAUUCAAGACACAGAAUUUCGUCUUUGGAAAAACACUUCCAGAGCUGGUUGAUCUUGUCCAAAGGUAUAAGCCAGAUCUCAUUUGGUCAGAUGGAGACUGGGAAGGCCCGGCAGAAUACUGGCAUUCAAGAGAGUUUUUGGCAUGGUUGUACAAUGACAGUCCUAUCAAGGAUAAGGUGGUGGUAAAUGAUCGGUGGUGCAACAACUGUUCUUGUCACCACGGUGGGUAUUAUAACUGUGCAGAUAAGUACAAGCCUGGAACCCUACCUGAUCAUAAAUGGGAGAUGUGUACCUCAAUUGAUCCCUACUCAUGGGGCUACCGUCGUAACAUGCGAGUCAGUGACCUCAUGGACGUACCAAGCAUCCUUAAAGAACUGGUGCAAACAGUCUGCUUUGGAGGCAACUACCUUCUGAAUGUAGGACCCACAAAAGAUGGAAUGAUUGCUCCAAUAUUCCAAGAGAGAUUGCUGGAUGUUGGGCGGUGGUUGAAAGUGAAUGGAGAGGCCAUUUAUGGUUCCAAACCAUGGAGAGUACAGAUGGAUAACAGUACUGGUAUUAUCUGGUAA